UUAAUUCUCGGAGUUGCCAGUUAGUGCUGGGAGCAGGAGCAUUGCAAGUUGUCGGAUUGAAGACCAUUACCACCAAAAACCUUGCUCUCUCUUCCCGGUGUUUGCAACUUAUAGUACACUACAUUCCUAUCAUUAGGGCUCAUUUUGAGGCUCGUAUGCACCCUAAGCAAUACAGCAUGCUUCGACAUUUUGACCACAUCACUAAGGAUUACAAUGACCAUAUAGCUGAGAUUUCUGCAAAACUGGUUUCAAUAAUGGAUGGUUUAUUUGAUAAACUUCUGUCAAAGUAUGAAGUUAAAGCUCCAGUUCCAUCAAUGUGCUUUAGAAAUAUUUGUAAACAAACGACUAAAAUGCAUGAAGCAAUUUAUGAUCUUCUUCCUGAAGAACAAACGCAAACAUUAUUCCUUAGAAUAAAUACAAGCUACAGGCUUCAUCUGAAGAGUCAACUGAGCCAUCUGAAUGUUAUAAAUGAUGGUGGACCUCAACAUGGACUUGUGGCAGCGGACAUUGCCUUUUACACAGGAAAUGUCAAAGCAUUGAAAGGUCUUAAAGAUCUAGAUCUAAACUUGAGUGAAAUCUGGGAACAGAAGAGGUGAUGCCUAACCAAAUAGAGAAAUGUUUUAACUCAGUGACUUUAAUCAGUGGACUGGACGUCUUGCUUUCAAGACACUAAAAUGAAAUCCAAAGUCAAAGGCUGGAAAGCUAUCUUUACCAAGAAACUGGAUCCAGUCUGACUGUCAGGGAUUGCCCUUUACAGAGAGUCCUUCAGCAGCGAACAAAUGUUCUGCUGACUAGAACUUUUUCAUUUUCUUUGGAAACAGGCUCAGGUUUCUUUGGACCAAAUCCAAACAAGUGCAUGGCUGUAACACAGCUUCUCUUCAUGAAGAUCCUCUGUAAAUGUUUGUAUGACAGGGAAAAAAAAUUGCUCUGCAAAUAUUUUAAAUCUCUUAUAGUGCAAUGACAUUUCGGUUUCCUAUAGUAAUGAUGGCACAAACUGCAUACACUGUAAAUCAAAACUUAUAAUCUAAUAUAAAUGAGAGUGCUGUCAUGAAAAAAUAUAUUUUUACAUAUAUAUCUCUUAUUUGCAGAAACUAUAGGUAAAUGGUAAUAGUCUUAAAAAUGGAAGACGAAGGACAAUAAGGGAAGUUCUCUAUUUAACCAGUUCCGUUAUCUCUUCCUUCAUUGGUCAGGAAUCUUCCUCUCUUUCCUGGAUUUUAACUGUAUACAAGCUUUGAUCUGCAAGACUCAUCUUUUUGAUGUUGCGGAAUAAGCUCAGAUUGAGCUAUCCCUGUAGCUAUUGGUGCUUUUUGUUUGGAUAGUUUGGGGGUGAUGCUAUAAACUGCUGAAAUUUUGAAUCAGUAUUUUUGUAUAAUAUUUUUUUUUUUUUUUAAAUUAAGGUAUUUUUGCCUUUACUGUUAUUGGUGAAGCAAAAGUAUUUAUUUGCAGUAUCUGCUAUCAAUAUGGAUAUUUUCUGAUUGCGUUUUAAGUAAAUUUCACUAAAUAAUAAUUUUAGUCAGUGGUAUUUUUUGCAGUUUGAAAUCUUUCCAAUUUCUGGCUUUGUAAAAUAAAAUUGUAAAGUGCCUGUCUGACAGUAUAAGUGGAAGGAAAUAAGCAUUAAUAUUGUAUUUUUAUCAUUCCCUUUACUGCCAUAAAGGCAUUCAGCAUCAAUUUUAUGGUGACUCCUCCGGCUACAAAGGGGUGUAAAAGUGAAGAUUAAACACUCCACUAUUAAGUGCCUGUUUGUAUUUUGAUUGACAUGCUCAAAGUCAUAAUGUUCCACUCCAAGUGAGUACCUACCCUUGUAAUUAUGUAGAUUUUGUUUCUGAUUUUUGCUGCUAUGGUUUCUUAAGAAAAGCUUGUUUAUUUAUCAUACCAUCAACUCAUCUAGCCCCUGCUUCCCCUACUUUUACCUAUAAUAAAAUUGUCUAAACAGACAGAAAAAAAGCCUAAAUUGGUGUUGAAAAAAUGAGUCUUGGUCUGUGUCGUACACAAAAUGUUGACUGUUUAUUCAUUUUAAAAGUUUACAUUCAUUGUUGAGUAUAAAUGAUACUCCCAAUCUGGACAUAUAAAAGUAUUAAAACUGCUUUGCCAUGCUUAUACAGCCAGGAAACAAUUUCAGGUCUUUGAAAACAUCACUGAAUUCCCAGGACCACAGAACCGCUUUGAAGCUAACUAAAAUCCCCAAUAAGGACCCUUCACUAUUGAACAUUAAUUGAAAGCUAUGCUAUAGUCAAGCCAUCCCUUUACCAAAUUGAAAUUAUUUUUAACUAGAGCUGGUGCUUUUUUUGCAUUUUGUGUUUAAAACUGCAGUUAUUUUUUUUUGUUUUGUUUCCUUUUGGAACUCCUAAUCACAAAAAUGUACUUCCUGGUUACCAAGAACCCAGUACUGUUAAUAUCCAUUGAUAGAUUUCUGCAUGAAAAGCAUAACAAAAUUAUUUUUACAAGGAUUAAAACCCCAGCUGACCAUCUUAAAAGAACUGAGAUGGUAGCAGAAUGGAACAUCAACAGAGUAAUUAUUAAGAUUAUAUUAUAUCUCUGGGAAAAACCUUUGAUUGAACUAUUUAGACACAGAGGAAGCUGAACAUUAUUAUCACAAGAUGCAUUCAACAAGCAGGAAAUUAAUUAGAUGUACUUUCUAUUCCCCAUGAUUCUUAAGUUAAAAGAUGACAAGGCAGAAAGCAGCAGUGAACCUUAUUUGCACUUUGUAAGCCCUACAAAAUUGGCAUAUGCACACUAACAUUCUUUCCCAUAGUGCAAUGUUUUGCACUCAACCACAGAAAUUGGUAUUUGGAGAUUGAGAGAAGCAGCAUGGGUAAACAAUGCUUAAUAAUUACAGUAAUAAACUCUUGAAAGUCAGGGAGAAUUUUAUUUAUGGAUAUUACAAGAUUGGGGAACAUGUUACUUGUAGUAUCAAUAGUAUAUAAGAUUAUUUAAAUUACAGCCUUGAAAGAUUGGCCCAAAUUCUUGAAUAAUAAUUUUGUAAGAUGACUCACUACUAUUGCAAGUUUUGGCUUUCAUCAGUAUCCAGGAUCAAGUAAGCAGACAUGUAUGUCUUUGAUCAUUCAGCUCUUCACAGCUAUGAUGAGGAUUAAACCAGUCUAAAAAUGUCUCUCAAUCUCUCUGCUCUGCAUGUGUUGACCAUUUGAACCCACUAUGGCAGAUUUUUCUGUGGGUGCUGACAUAUAAGAUUGUUGUCCUUUGUCACUUUAUUUUAGCUGAUAUAGUAUCAAAACUGUAAGCUUUGUAAAUGAAAGUUGCUUCCUAAACUUCCACAUAGUUUUAAGACCUGUCACUGAGUUAGCUAAGUUAGUAACAAUAUUUCAUUUGUUUUGUUUUUGCCUCAGUUCUGCUAUUAAAAAAUUAUAUGAAAACAAAAAUUGGAUGCUUUAAAAUGCAAUUAAUGUACAUUUCUCUCGCUGUGCUGAACAGUGUAAAAUAACAAUGGUAGUAAACCCUCAAA